AUUAUGUAAAAAUAAACGUUUGGAAGCGGGUAUAUAUAUUAAUAAUUAUCAAAAGGUUAUAUAAAGACUUUGAAAACGAAGGGCCGGUGUGAGACAUUUUUUGGUCUAUAAAUAUAGAAGAGAGAGAGAGAGAGAGAGAGAGAGAGAGAGAGAGAGAGAGAGAGAGAGAAUGGGUUAUUCAUCAUCUUCCUCGGUUGUGUUAUGUUUGUUCCUCCUCUUCACGUUUGCUCUAGUCUCUUCAUCUGCUCGCCUCAGUCUUUCAUUUCCAGAAAAUGAAAUGAGGGUGGUGAGAGAACGGUCACUGAUGGUGAGCACCAACGACUACGGUCAACCUUCAGCUAGCGACAGACACGAUCCACCUCGUGGCGGCCGAGGACGCAAGCGUUGAGAGGAUGAUAAUCUUUUUCGCCUUCUUAAUUUUACUUGCAAGCUUGCAAAUAAUGUAUGUAUAUUGAGAGAGCAAUAAAAAUAAUUCAAAAAUAACACCUUUUUGUA